AUGCCUCUCACGUACUCUGAGCCCGACUACCUGUACCCGACACCGACGACCAUCGCGCUGAGCCAGGGCGACGACUCUCGACCUACCCAGCUCGCACCUCAAGCGCUCCUCGCCCUCAACCACCUCAUCGACGAGCUCCUCCACCUCGUCGUCCACUCGUCCCUUCACUCGACGCCCUCCCCCUUGACCCCGACCAGCUCGCCCACCGGCGGCCUCUCGACCCAGCCCCCGACACCGCUCGGCGCGACCGAGGUCCUCACGUCCGACCGGUUCAAGUCGGCCCUCGCGCGCAUCCUCGGCCCGACCUCGCUCGCCAAGGAGUGCAUCCUCGAAGCCGAGCUCGCCGUGCGCGAGCUCGUCCGCCGCGGCAGCCCCUCGCUGCGCGCCGACGGUGCCCUCAAGCGCGCGCCGGGCGUCUGGGGCAGCCCGGUCCUGCCCUCGAACGGCGUCCCGCUCGCCGACGACGAGGAGCUCGUGCGGCAGGCGAGCGAGACGUUUCGCGUGCUGCGGGCGUGGGCGAUGCAGAUCUCGGGGCUCGGCGCCGCCUGCCCGGCAGCGAGUGCGGCGGCGCCUGCCCCGUUGCCCGAGCACCUCGUCGUCCUCAUGCCCCCUCGACCUGCCCCCGAUCCCUCGCCCCACGUCUCGUUCAUCCUCGCCCUGUAUGUCGAGCGCGUCCUGACGACGCUCGGCGCGCACCUCCUGCGCCUCGUCUCGGGCGUCGUCGCGCGCUCGGUCCCGCCGACCGACACGGCGAGCGUCGCCGACAUCGAGACGGCCGUCAUGGAGGACACGCUCGUGUGGAGCUGGCUCCAGGGCAUGCGCGUCCGGGCCUUCAUCGCCGACGAGGCGGCGCAGGAGCGCGCGCGCCGCACCAAGACCUCGCCGACGCUCUCGCAGGGCAGCGCCCUCCCGAGACGGAGCGUGUCAAGUGCGGGCAAGGCGGCGGCGGCGGGGCCGAGCGAGCCGGCCCGCAAGCCGUCCUUGACGGGCCCGGCCGGCGCCGCCCUGUCGGGCGCGAGGCGGCCGAGCAGCGACGCCGUGCCGAGUGCGUCGGCAGCAGCAGGUGCGCCGACGUACGCUCGCAAGAGCUCGGCGACGGGCCUGGGCAUCUCGACAGGCUCGAACGGGCUGUCGGCCGCGCCGGCGCCCCAGCUCGACGACGCGUUCGACCAGCUCCUCAGCAGCGGCAGGACCCUCAAGCUCUCGUCCACGCCUGAUCGUCUGCGCACGUUCGAGAACCUCCCUGUUCCCUCCUCCUCGUCAUCUGCGACCCCGUCACCUCGACGCCUCCGAGCUCGCGACCCGCUGCCUCGCCACCUGUUCGCCGAGGAGGACGAGGACGCCGCCGCCGCCGUCGAAGGCCAACAGCGGCCCGAGCGCCAGCGCGAGUCGUUCCUGGACCUCCUCAACUCGCCGCCACCGACCGGUGACCCGGCCUCGCACCGCCUGUCGAUCCACCCUCGGCGCCCUGUGCCGACCGACGACCCGUCGCACCCGAUGAGCGUCGCCAUGCGGGUCCAGCAGUCGCAGGACUCGAUGCCCUCGAUCGACAGCCCGACGAGCCCUGCCGUCGAGCCGGGCGACAGCCCGAGGACGAGGGCGUACAAGGCCAAGGACGAGAAGCGCGACUUGGCGAGCGAGCGCCAGAUCAACCGCGACCUCGCCAACUUCUUCUCGAACCCGCCGCCGGGACCUGUCCUGGCAGCAGGACCCGCUCGCCUCGACCGCCCGCCCAUUAUCGUCAACGACCAACCCUCGGCUCGCCAGUCGACCUCGUCGCCUACCAAGGGCAAGGGCGGCUUCCGCGGCCUCAUGUCGAUGGUCACCGGCGGCGGCUCGUCCAAGAACAAGGACAAGGAGCUCGAGCCGCGCCCGUCGCUCAGCACGCCGCCGAGCUCGCCGCCGCCGCCCUCGUACCGCUCUCGCUCCUCGGUCAGCGCCUCGAGCCCGAGCGCGCCGGCCGGCCCGGCGACGAGCGUGAGCCAGGCCGCCAUGCGCGCGGCAGGGUUCGGCGAGAACGUCGCGCUCGCGGCGAAAGCGGCGGCGUAUGCGGCGCCGCCGGGGUUGGCGGGCCCGAGCAGCCCGAGGAGCGGCGGGAGGAGGGAGAGCUACGACCGGCCGCAGGGGCGGCGGUCGAAGAGCGGCGCAUCGUCGAGUGCGGCGGGCGGGUACGGCGCGGUGAGGGAGGAGGACGGGCAGCAGGUGGCGAGGUCGCCGUCGACCGCGCAGCGCAAGGCCUCGCUCGCGAGCGCCGGCGGCUCAGCGCCGAGGGUCAACGGCACGUCGUCGUCGGCGAGCAGCAGCAUCGACGAGCGCAGGCCCAGCGGCCUUGACGGCUCCGCCGUGUCGCCCUUGGCCGGUCUCACGCCGCCGAUCCCGCUCGUCGCCUCGACGGCCGCCACGGACGACAACGCCCGCACGCUCGGCCCGCCCGUAUCGAUCAAGCCGCCGCGGCGCAGCUCGUCGCUCAAGCGCAGCGCGCGCGAGCGCGAGCAGUCGGGCUCGGCGCCGGCGUCCGUGCCGAGAACGAGGGAGAGCUCGGCGGGCUCGACGAGGUCGCCGCCGACCCUGCCGCUCGCGCCGCACCAGCUUGUCGAGGUCGAGAGCGCGGCGGCGCCGGUCGUCGUCGUGCCGUCGGCGGCAGCUCCGGCACACUCGACCGAGGUCGGGCGACCAGGCGAGCUCUUCGACCCGGCAGCCGCAGCCGAGUCGUCCCUCACUGCGCCCAUCGGUGCAGCAGCAGGCCUCUCUGGGUCGUGGGCUCCCCUCGAGUCGACGCAGUCGCACGGCGAGAAGGACGCCAUCGCUGCGCCGAGCUCGGCGAAUGGGCUCGUCAUGGCGGCGCCACUCUCGCCUGUCGACGAGGUGCCGACGCCUUCCUCAUCAUCGUUCGCGCCAUCUGCCCCCCUCUCGGCCGCUCAACAACCGCCGCCGCCAAAGCAGCCGAGCACGACCCCUCCCUCGACCCCGCCGUCGCAGUCCACCUUUGCCCCGCCGUCGCUCCCCGGCCACCUCACGACGGCGACGCUGUCCGGCACCAAGUCGAUCGUCGGGCUCCUCAAGGAGCUGCGCGGCGCCAUGCUGUUUGCCGAGACGCGCGACGAGUGCGUCGAGCUCGUCGAGGGCAUGCUGCGCGACCAGGCCGGGAGGGUCGAGGCGCUUGCGCAGCGCGAGAGGGAGGAGGAGCGGGAGAGUGCGGCGAGGACGGCAAGGACGGCGAGGGCGGAUCAGGAGGAGGAGCUGAGGCGGGACCAGGGCGGGCGGCCGGAGCCGGACGGCGGCGAGAAGGCGCUUCUCGAGCAGGAGGCUGCGACGGGCGAGGCGGCUCUGACGGUCGGGCAGGAGGAGGACGCGAGUUUGGCUGUGCGGGAGGGGACGCACGAGGCGGCUGCUGUCGAGGGGCAAGCGGUCGUCGCGCCUUAGCGGAACGAGCGAGGGGGAGAGGUCGGAUCAUUUGUCUCGCGAGCUCUUCUUCUUAGCUCUGCCACUGUUGUCACUCUAUGCG